AUGCCGGCGCCUGAAUGGUCUGAUGUCGCGGAGGUGCGUGAUUCCGCGCAUCAGCUGAUGUCGCGUGACUCAGCGGCUCGGGGUCCCCGGGUGACGCAGGCCCGCGGCUCCCUCGGUGCCGGAGAAAUGCGCGCGGCCUGGCUGGGGCGCGGAUUGCCGGGCUUCUGGGACGUGACCAUUCCCUCGGCCGAGGUCCGGCCGACGAAUGUCAGCAAGCUGAACACCGCCGCGCAGAUGGCCCUCAUUGGCUCGCUGCUGGCCUGGCCGGUGUUCGACUCGCCGGCCGGGCUUGCGGCCGAAUUCGGCCAACUCUCGGCGUCGAUCAACGACAUGGCCGAUGUUCUCGGCGACGCGGCGGGUGCUGGCAGCACCUUUGCCGGCACCGGGACGGCGCCGCUGGACGGCCCGCUGUCCGAGGCCGCCCCCAUCGUCGCCAGCGCCGAGCCGCUGCCGGCCGACUCCGCCGAGGCCACCGCCUCCCCGGCCUACAAGACCCAUUCGGAGAUGCCGCCCGCCAUGCGGGCCCUGCAGUACUUCACGGCGGCCACCACGGUGGCCAGCGGCCUGGACUAUGCCGUGGGUGGUCGCGGAGCUGUCACCUUCCGGAGGGUCCGGUGA